CCUUCAGUCUCGACCCCCUCUGUCACUGAAGAAUAGACAUGUCCGGUAACUGCAAGUUCUCUUCUCCCGUCGGAUUACAGCCGAGGCAGCACACCAAGGGACGGUUAUCGAGUCAUAAACGUCGAAUAAAGCCAAGAUACCAACAUGAGUGGACUUCAGUGCCUUGCCUCGGAGAACAUCUGGUUCGACAAACAGCGCUAUGAUGAGGCAGAGAAGUGCUUCUACGAAGGAGCCAACGGACCCUCCACACAUCAGCAACAGGAGAGAGAUGUUAGUGCCAUCCUGCAAGACAUUGCUAAAUCCCGACAGAAUAUCCAGCAGUCCAUAAACGGAGCGAAAACGACCCUGCAGCACGCCAAAGGGCGCCAGCCGAAACGGCAGCACAGAAACUCAUCCUCACAUGGAGAUCAGGAGCUAGUUUCACGCAUGAAGAGUCUGGAGCUGGAGAACCAGACCCUGAACAAAGUCAUUGAGAGCAUGAGAGCAGCCCUGCAGAAGCUGGAGACCCGAGUGGCUGUGCUUGAAAAGACCCCAGCAGCAGCAGCUGUGCCAUCAGCCAAGGCUGCUCCAGUCAAACAGGUGAAUGGGGAUGAUGAUGAUGAUGACGAUGAUGACAUCGACUUGUUUGGCAGUGACGAUGAGGAUGACGAGGCAGAACGCCUGAAGAAGGAACGUAUUGACGCCUACACAGCCAAGAAAGCAAAGAAACCUGUACUCAUCGCCAAAUCAUCAAUUCUUUUGGAUGUCAAGCCUUGGGAUGAUGAGACAGACAUGGCGAAGCUGGAGGAGUGUGUGCGAACUGUGCAGAUGGACGGGCUCCUGUGGGGAGCAUCCAAACUGGUGCCUGUCGGCUACGGCAUCAAGAAGCUGCAGAUCAACUGUGUGGUGGAGGACGACAAAGUUGGCACAGACAUCCUGGAGGAGGAGAUCACCAAGUUUGAGGACUUCGUCCAGAGUGUAGACGUUGCUGCCUUCAAUAAGAUCUAAGCUCCACACAGGCUUCUAACCUGCUCCACCAAAGUGUUGCUGCUGCUCUCGGCUUACACGUUUAAUAAAAUGCUAAGUUUUGAGCACAAAAAAA